AUGUCCUAUGUGGAGCCAGAAUGGGCUCACAAACCUUCCCAUGAAUGGGUCUUGACCGAGAUUAAGGGUGGAAUCGAAGUUUCCAAGUUCAACUUGCAGGAGCGGGCCACAACGAUACUAGGAAGAGCAUUGGAUAUGGUCCACAUUCCAUUGAACCACGAGAGUGCCAGUCGACAACAUGCUCGAAUAUCCUUUGAUUCCCAAGGGAUUCCUUGGCUGCGCGACUUGAAAUCAACGCAUGGAACUAAAGUCAACAAACGGCAAUUGCCACCUCAGGUUUGUGGAAAGACCGAGUCCAACUCCAACAAACCAGGAUCCAGAGGGAUCAUGGUCUACCCAGGAGAUAUCUUUCAGUUUGGUGCGUCGACAAGACUAUUCACGCUAGAUGGACCAAGAGAAUUUGAAAGAGGAGCCAUGAAAGCCAAACGAGAGCAAGCAAUUGCAAAUAGUGCAACUGGCAGCACCGGCAAUGGAGAAAGUGUUGCACAACCAAAAGAGUCGAAACAAGAAGAUGAGGGAAUCUCAUGGGGCAUGUCAAUGGAUGACGAUAUAGAAAGUGGCGAUGGCGACAAAGGACCUGAAAGUAUUUCCAAGACUUUGCCCAUGGAUAUGCAAGUUCCAGAAAAGCAUCGCAAGGCAUUUGAUCGUCUCAACACUAUGAAGUACAAGUUGUCCAAUCUAGAGACGGAAGAUGAAAGGAUCAAGCGGAAACAUGAGCUCACGCAAGGUCAAGAGAAGCAGUUACAACGAAACGCAGAAAGAGAAGAAGCUUUGAAAAGAUCCAUCAACCAAUUGGAAGAAGAAUUAUACAAUAAGAUUUAUCCCGAAAAGGCAAACAUUCCCAAAUCAAAACAAAGGGAGUAUAUACAAGACGACGAAGUGGAUGACUUUUUCGAUCGUACAAAGGAAGAAAAAGAAGAUGUGAUAGGAGAGGAAGAAUCCGAAGAGUCGCUGAUUGCAAAGUGGAGCAAACUCUGGAAUCUGAAUUCAGAGGAACGAACCAGCAGCCUUGUUCCGGCGGAGAAAAAGGUGCAGGAAAUCCAAACAAGGCUCGCCAUGCUCGAAGCCCAAAACGAUGAGGACGCAUUCUUUGUACAGAACGACUUGACGCUGGCAAAAGAUGCGCGGGAUAAGGCACUUGCCAAGCAAGAAAGUACUUUUGAACAGAUGAAAGAGAUUGAGAACCUUCUUAAACUUGUUAAUUCAAAGAUAACAGUGGAUUUGGAGUCUGGGUACAUCGGAGAAGGACCGCCGCCACCAAAAGAGGAGACUUCAUUCAUAGCGCCGGCUCCAGUAAAGCCCAUGCUGCCCCCUCCACCCAGACAACUGCCUGCCAAGGCUAGUCCCAGUAAAAGCAACGUUGACUCGGAUUUAAUGGCAAUGCCUCCACCAGUCUUGCCACCUCCAAGAAUACGUGGGCCCACUUCACCAAGUCCGGAGAAGAAAAGGAAGGAACCCAGCGACAUGGAUAUGCCUGCACCGAUAAUCCCUGCGCCAAUAAUACCGGCACCGAUAAUGCCUGCACCAGUUAUGCCACCGCCAAAACGAGCGCGAGUUGUUGGACCAGCAAUGAAACCACCACCAACCUCUCCAGUCGAUGAUGAUUCCCGGGAAACAAAAAAGGCGAGCUCGAAAAAGCCCAUGGGUACGCUUGCAUUCCUUUCUUCCAUGACAGGUGAUACCAACAACAACAACAACAGUGAGUCAAACAACCAAAGUGGAGAUAAGGAUGGAAAACAAAAUGCGAAAAAGAAGGCCGUGUUAGAUCCAAAGAAGGAUGUUUGGCGUGCUCCAGAAGGGCAGGAUGGAAGUGGCUAUACCAAGUUAAAUGCCAAAUUCGCUGGCCGCUAUUAG